AUGACUGCAUACAUCACUGUAAUACCAUGCCACUCUUUACAAACAGAGGCACCACACAAUUACUCUCUCUCUCACACACAUAUUACCUCUUUAUUUAUCCUUAUUAUUAUUAUUUUAUUUUUUCCCUCAGAAUGCCGGUUCGCCUCUUCUUCUUCCACAGCAUUAUCAGCAAAAAAGAAAAAACCCACUCAAACACACACGCCCUUUACUCCAUGGUGUGUAUUAGGAGGGUACGAUCAAACAUAUCCCCCCACCCAAAAAAGACCCCACGCCACACCACACCACCAUAUUUUUUUUUUUGUUUUUCGUGUUUUUAUGGAUGUUACUCCAAUGGAACGGGCGAUCAAGAGUAAUACAUAA